AUGAGGCUCCCGCAGACGAAGCUUCAGAGGAUCAAGGCGAUUGUCCACUUUGUGCAGGCUUUCGUGAUUUUCAUCGCGGGAUGCUUGACGCUGGCGGUCAUGACCAAGGAUGGUGGGUUUGGCGGGCAGACAGGCUUCUACUUCGCUCUGUGCUUCAUCACGAUACCCGCCAUCAUUUACCAAGUAAUGGUACCACUCUGGAGUCGAGCCUGGCGCUUCAACAACGUCUGGGCCAUAGCCACCGUCGAUAUCCUCUUCGCCAUCCUCUGGUUCGCGGCAUCCAUCGCUGUGGCUGUAUGGAACGCCAAUGGAAUAGCAAAAGGAAAGAGCAGCGACUCGAAGGAUGACAGCGACGAAAAUACCAGAAGAGACGACAGCACAAAGAAAGACGGAACGUGCGCAUCUUUUGGAUAUGGAAGCGCAACGAAAUGCUCCAUAAGCAAGGCUAGCGUUGGCCUGGGAAUUGUGAUCAUGCUGCUCUUCGCGAUCACAAGUUACAUCUCCAUCAGAGCAAUCAUCGAGUACCGAAGGACUGGAGUGGCUCCAAAUGCCACCGCGAAGAACCACGGUCAACCCGAGAGGCUAGAUGUAGACGACCCAAGCAAAGACGUAUGGUCUGCCAACACCGAUGAGCUCAACAACCGCACGAACAAUGACGACGACCGACUUGCAUUCGGUCAGGAUAUGGAAGAUGAUCAGCAAGGCCUACUCAAUAGGCAUUCAUUCGACACACACCAACCCGCGGAUGGCAUGCAUCCGGGCACGAGAUUGAGCUACGAAUCUACUACCCAGGUCGCGGCGCCUCCAGCUUACGACAGUAACAUCGCACCGUCUGCACUCAGCCCAACGGGAUUACCGAUGAGUCCGAACGGGCGAGUGCAGUUCCCGGAGGCAAACUACAACGCUUUGCGGUAA